AUGGCGAAUACGGCGGAAAAGCUCAAUGUCCAUGACCAAACAAUCAGGGAGCUACCCAACAACAAUAUUGACGAUAAUGCUGUCUCCGGCACAGUUCCCACACCGACCGAAGACUACUUCUGUAAACCUACCAAGUUUUCAUGGCCACGCAAGAUACACAUCGUCAUAGCCGGAAUCACCUGCACUUUCAAUGGAAACCUAGGAUCGUCCAUGCCGUCAGGCGCCCUGGUGGCAAUAUCGGAACAAUUCAAAGUCACAAACAGUUUGCAUCUUGUCCUUCUUAACUCCAUUUAUAUGGCCGGCUAUGUACUUGGCCCGUUGCUUUUUGGACCAUUAAGUGAAUACAUUGGUCGCCGUCCUGUUCUAAUUGGGACAUUUCUUGGAUACUUGAUCUUCAUGGCUGCCUGCUCAGCAGCUCCAUCUUUUGCUGCACUGGUAGUUUUCCGACUCUUGUGUGGCAUCAAUGCCUCUGCCCCUACCACCGUGCUAGGCGGUCUUUAUUCCGACAUAUUUGACAAUCCAUCUCACCGAGGCACUGCAAUGUCUCUAUACAUGUCCGUCACGACCAUCGGACCGCUGGUGGGACCAGUGAUUUCCGGAUUUUCGUCUCAAAUCUCGUGGCGCUGGCCCUUUUUGCUGGCAGUCCUAAUAGCUGUGCCGGGAUUGCCACUUGUGCUCCUACUGCCUGAGACUUUCGCGCCAGUUCUUCGCCAGAAAUCGCUGCGAAGGUGCAAGAAAGAGGGACUUUUGGCGGAUGAUGAGAUGAUUGCAAGUAACAAGCGUGCUUUGGACCCGCGAAAGAUAUUUAUUCGCCCGGCCAAGCUGAUAACCACGGAGCCUAUACUCCUCUUCACGGCACUGUACAUGGCACUGGCGUAUGCCAUCAUGUAUCUUACGUUUCAAGCUUAUCCCAUCAUUUUUCAAGAUCACUAUGGGCUAUCCCCUGGUACAGCUGGAAUAGCCUACUUACCAAUCAUUCUUGGUGUGGGAGUAGCUUUCAUACUGGGCUUGGGUUAUACCUGGUGGUAUGACAAGUCGUCGGCUGCUGGGAAGAAGUGGGCACAACAAGAAGCAUAUCGACGCCUUCCCAUAGCCUGCUUUGCCUCACCGUGGAUCGUGGUUUCGCUGUUUUGGGUUGGUUGGACCUCCUGGCCAGAGUCUGUUGGGCCAGCAGUCCCGAUGAUGGGUGGUCUAUUUUACGGCCUUGGUUCCCAGCUACUGUAUAUCGCCAUGAUCAACUACAUUACGGAUAUGUAUCGGGACCUAUCUGCAUCGGCACAUGCCGCUGCCAGCAUGACAAGGUCAAUCGGAGCAGUGCUGCUACCCUUGGCAGCCAGGCCAAUGUAUAAUCAAAUGGGAAUUCACUGGGCGCCUUCGUUGUUGGGCUUCGUGUCGUUACUCAUGGGGGUAAUUCCGUUUAUUCUCCUGCGAUACGACAAGGUUCAAGGAAGGCGAUCGACACAACGUCAAGGUUAG